AUGGCCGGACCCACCGAGUGGUCGUUCUGGGUGCUCAGGGGCCAAGUGUUGGCCGGGGCCUACCCCAAGCGCCAGCACCUGGUGGCUGACCUCCUCAAGGCGGGCACGACAACGUUCAUUUGCCUGAUGACGAAAGCCGAGCUCGAGCGACAGGGACGGCCCUACUUUGAGGGCGUGCCCAAGCUUAUCGCGCAGGCGCCCAGCGAAUACCCGCACCUCGCUACUCGACUCUCCUACCGCCACGGAGUCGGCGAAGAUGCAGAGGUGAACGCGCUGGUGGCGGAGAUCAUCGACAUGCUCAACCGCGGCGAACGCAUCUACCUCCAUUGUCGUGGCGGACAUGGACGCACAGGGACCAUUGCCUCACUUCUUCUGGGCCGGCUCUACGGGCUCACGGCGUACGAGGCCCUCGAGCUGUGCAAGCGAUACCACGACUGUCGGGCAGACGUCAAGGCCAAGCCCGGGGUCUACGGCUGCCCAGAGACGCACGACCAGCGGUCACAAGUGUACCGUCUCUUGUCCGCGGCCACGCCAUGA